CAUAGUUUAUAAGACUUGUCCCAGCUGGCAUUCACCUCCCACCACCAGAUUACACCUGCGCAGGCUAGACCAUGGCCAACUACACCGUCCCUCACAAGGCCCAGCUCCAAGAAGGGCUCCGGCCUGGCUCCGUGAUCCGAGUUAGGGGAACCCUGCCACCCAACGCAAAUCGCUUCCACUUGAACCUCCUGUGCUCCGAAGCCGCGGGGGCAGACGCCGCCCUCCACUGCAACCCCCGCCUGGACUCGGGGGAGAUGGUGUUUAACUCCUUCCAGAAUGGCACCUGGGGGCGCGAGGAGCGGAGCCCCAGCCUCCCCUUCCAGAAGGGCCAGCCCUUCGACCUGCUCCUCAUAAUCACGGACGACGGCUUCAAGGCCGUGGCCGGCGACAGCGUGUUCCACCACUUCCCGCACCGCAUGCCUCUGGCCCUGGUCCGGCUCCUGGAGGUCGGCGGCGACGUGCAGCUACAGAGCGUGUCCGUCCUCUGAACGUCGGGGCCGUCGGGGGUCGUCGGGGCAUCCAGGGGUUGGGGUUUUUACUUGAAACGCAAGGCUGGGGAGGGAGGGGAGGGCCUCGACACCUAAUAAAGUCUUUGCCCCCUCCCACCCCG